UUGAACUAGUUCAUCUUGAUGCGACACGGCACUAAACAAAAGAUUACAACAACAAGCAAUUUUGUAAAAAAAAAACAUAAAAUAUAUGUAAAUAAACGAAAAAACGAUUGUUGUUGUGAGUCAUCUCUAUCAAUUAUACAAUAAAAUAAAAUUGAUAAAUUGCAAACGAAACAGAAAGGAAAAACAAAAUCAAGGGCGAAAUAAAUGUGCAUUUGCUGGGUUGGCGGCGGCUUUUGUUUUCUUUGCUGAUUAAAUGGCUAGUUUGUUGCCGAAUAGAGCUGGAAGUGCAUCGGGUGCUCAGUAUAUGGAUGAGGCUUUUGUCGAUUCAAGAAUCAUGACCGAUGUUGAACCGAUUUUAGCUUCUUCUGGCGAUGGAAAUUUCAAGAAACUUCAAACUAUACCGGUGUUUAGCAUUCAUCUAUGCGUGUCCGUGAUCAUUUCUUUUGUGGGCAUUGGCUUGGCCGUGUCAUGGCCGGAGGAGAAACGUGGCGAAGCCUACUUUAUAAUGACAAGCUUGCGAGUUGCUUUCUGGCUGGUAACAUUUCUGUUCGAUCAUUUAAUACGGAAACGUCAUAAUGAUCUGCGUAUGAAUGGUUAUCAUGAUUUUCAUCGUUCCAUGGUUAUGCACAAUGGCAUUGCUUUGAAUGUUGUGUCGGCAUGGAAUACCCUGUUGUUGUUGGUUCAAGCAUUGCUGCAUCACUAUUACGGCAAUGUAAUGUGGAACACUUGGUUUACACCCGUAACGUGUAUUGUGUCGUUCCAAUUGUCAGAGACGUUCAUUUUGAUGACAACACAUGGAUGCUACAUGGUAAAAGUCUACAAAUUUAAUAAGAAUGCCAAUGCUCCUGAUGCCUUAAUGGGUACUGAUUCCUCGGCUGGUUCUUUGGGCCUCAUGCAGCCUGGUGGUAAUGUUGCCGAACUUUUGGAGAAACAGGCCGACUUAAUAGCUUACCUCAAGGAUCACAAUCAAACGCUGAACCAGAAACUACAUCACAUGCAAUUACAUACACGAGUCACUCACUUGGGCCAUUGAUAAAAAACAAUGUUAAAAUCCAGGACACAAUAGCCGCAAGAUUUUUUCUGUUAUUUAUUGUAUAGUACUCACGAUUACAAAAUAUUAUUAUUUUAUUACUUAUCUCA